AUGGCUAUUUUACGUGAGCUGAUUCAAUCAAUUGCCCAAAAACCUGACACAAAUUCCAGGAAGUUUACACUACCACGUUUUAACCCAGAAACCUCUGGCUCUGAUCCGGCUGCAUGGAGUUCAGCUGUUAGCAUUAUGAUGGAAGAAAAUCCAUUGCAAGGCAGUGCACUAUUUUCCGCGCUUAGUAGCGCCUUAGAGGGUUCCGCUGCACAGAACUUUAUUUCCCGUUUUGGUGGAAGAGAAACCGCAGCUUCUGCCCUUAUGAAGAUUUUUAACGAACAACCGUUAAAAGACGAGACAACUGGAGCUUUUGGGAUUCGUUUACGCUCUCUUCUCAAGGCGAGGUGGGAAAAUUUGAGUAUGGCGGAGAUUAUCAACGGCGCUGUUCUCUAUCGAUUAACAUCGCAAGAUCACCGGGUCGAACGCACAGCGCUUACGAGUGAGGUAAAAACGGAAGACCAAUUUCUUAAUGAAAUGAGGGCUUACUCGUACGCAAAGAAGCGACCGUUGCAAUCGUCCGAGAACUCGUCAAGUUCAGACCCGAAACGCUUCAAGCCAACGGAGACACGGAUUAAAUGUCUUUUCUGCGGUAUUUCUGGUCACAAAAUAUCUGAAUGUCGCAAGAAGUCAUUUCUGGACAAGAGGAAAAAUUCUCAUAGUCCAGAAGGAAGUCGACCAUCCACCGCGAUAAAAGUAACCUGCUUUAAGUGCCAUAAAGAGGGUCAUAUUGCACCAAACUGUCCGUCAAGGAAGAACAACAGCAACAGCGGCAACAACAGUGGAAAUCAGCACUCGAGCACCGAACGCCGAGUGGACUUUUGCACCGUGGAUGUUCCAGUGGGUACAAUGACCCAUAUGGAUGCACCCGAGGACGUGUGAUCGUCAGGAUGGCCGUGUCGGAGAUGAGAAUAGCUGGGUUCUUCCCAAGGGAUGGGAAAAUCCUAAGCACUUUUAGUUUAUAGCUAGAAAAUAAAACUUAGAAUUUUAAUUUUUACGACUUAAUCCGCUAAGGAAAUUUUAGUUAAACU